AUGCCAUCCCGGCAAUCUUCUACCGCAGGUUAUUUCAAUCUAGGUAACUAUCAGCGGUCUGUGAGCACUCACAGUCCUGAUGCGCAGACUUGGUUCAAUCGGGGUCUGACUUGGGCGUACGCCUUCAAUCACCAAGAGUCGGCGUCUUGCUUUGAGCAAGCAAUCUUGUCAGACCCCAAUUGCGCCAUGGCAUACUGGGGGCUGGCCUUUGCACUGGGGCCAAACUACAACAAACCUUGGGAUCUCUUCGAUGGGCAAGAGCUUUUGAUGAUUACCCGGCUUGCUCAUAGAGCGACAAUGGAGGCGAAAAGACACGAAGACAGCGCGAGUCCCGUCGAGAGAGCAUUGAUCGAUGCUUUGAUGCAGCGCUAUCCUCAGGAAAAACCUUAUGAUGACUGCACCACCUGGAAUUCUCAGUAUGCCUCGGCCAUGACUUCUGUAUACGAGAGGUUUCCGGAAGAUCUGGAUGUUGUGGCCUUGUAUGUAGAUUCGUUGAUGAAUCUGACGCCUUGGCAGCUUUGGGAUCUGUCUACUGGACAGCCUCCCCCCGGGGCAUGUACAAUGGAGGCAAAAAGAGCACUGGACCGGAUACUUGCUCAACAAAGGGCGCUUCAACAUCCGGGUCUCCUACAUCUAUACAUACAUCUCACCGAGAUGUCUCCCACGCCGGAACUUGGGCUCCCAAUUGCGGAUCAUUUGCGAGGUCUCGUGCCUGACGCAGGUCACCUCGAACAUAUGCCAAGCCACAUUGACGUUUUAUGUGGUGAUUAUCGGCGCGCAAUUGCUUCAAAUACCUCGGCAAUACGAGCAGACGUAAAAUUCCUGUCCACGCGAAAGAAUGGACACUUUUACAAUCUCUACAAAUGUCAUGACUACCAUUUUCGCAUGUACGCCGCUAUGCUGGCAGGUCAAUCGAAAAUAGCCAUUGAUACAGCGAAUUCGCUCGCUGAAUCAGUCACGGAAGACAUUUUGAGAAUCGAAUCGCCUCCCAUGGAGGAUUGGCUGGAAGGAUUCGUUGGAGCUCGAGUCCAUGCUUUGAUUCGGUUCGGAAAAUGGGACUCUAUUCUUGCACUGGCCCUGCCGACGGACGCGAGCCUUUACUGCGUCACUACUGCCAUGAUUCACUACGGAAAGGGCGUUGCUUAUGCCGCCACUGGCCGCGUCGACGAAGCGGAACAAGAAGAAUCGCUCUUUGACAAAGCACACCAACGUGUGCCUUCAUCUAGAACGAUCUUCAACAACACUUGUGUCGACAUUCUGAAAGUGGCUGCGCUGAUGCUCCGCGGGGAAAUAGCCUAUCGUCGGAAAGACUAUGAUGACGCUUUCAACCAUUUGCGAAAUGCUGUAGAAUUGGACGACAAUUUGCCAUACGAUGAGCCCUGGGGCUGGAUGCAGCCUACGCGGCACGCUUUGGGAGCAUUGCUGCUCGAGCAGAAUCGAGUCGAAGAGGCCCUGGAUGUAUAUGCGGCGGAUCUGGGGCUUGAUGAAUCGUUGCCGCGAGCAUUGACACAUCCGAAUAAUAUUUGGUCUCUUCACGGGUAUCAUGAAUGCCUAAUGAGGAUGCAAAGACUUGCCGAAGCACGCAUCAUUAAACCGCAGCUACAGCUGGCUAUGGCGGUUGCUGAUGUACUCGUAAAGUCUUCAUGCUUUUGUCGUCUGAAGACAGAGAUGCCUAGUCAUCUUGAAUGA